CUGGAGGAUAUCGAGACGUGCUCUCUGCGUAUCUGGGAUAUACACAAGUAUCCCGCCAUAGCCCUGGACAUAAGCUGUGCCAACAUCCUCGCAUGCAGCUACAACCUCUUCCUUGGCACAAUUGCGCCCAUGGUUGCUUUGCGAGCGGACUUGGAGCCGCUGGUGGAGUGCAUACUGAAAGGCGAAGUCAUGGGGAACUUCAUGCUCACAGAGGUCGACCACGGCUUGGACAUCACAAACCUGGAGACGACGGCGACAAUGGUAGCGGAUGGAUUCCUGCUGAACACUCCUCACCCGGGAGCAGCUAAAUUCUUCCCUCCCACAGCCCCGAUCUGUCCCAAGGUGGCCGUCGUUUUUGCCAGGCUCAUGAGUCAUAGUGGACGGCGCGUUCCGGGGCAUCCACCCGUUCCUCUUGCAGACUUCUCACAAAGGCGGCAUGUGUGCAGGCGUCGUUUCGAAGCUCCUUCCCCCGAGAUGCGGUACAUCGCCACUGGAUUACGCCGUAACGUCCUUCCACAACGUCCGCCUGCCAAUGUCAGCCUUCCUCGGCGUCAGCACGGACGCACCCAGGGAUGGACACGGUCUCCUUCACGCAUACGUAUGGCGCACCGUCGUAGGACAAGUGACUAUUGGGGUUAUUGCUUUGACCGGCAUGAAGGCGGCGUCGUACAUCGGUGUUGGAUACUCGAUGAGACGACGUGUGCAAGGCAGGGGGUCGGCGAAGGUUCCAAUCAUGUCCUUCCGCACGCAGCAGCUGCCCAUGUUGUACAUCACGGCGAGAAGUCACGUUCUGGACGCGUGGACUCCGGUGCUGUUACGGCAAUUCACCUCCCCCGAUCUAUCCACUUCCGUUCGCCAGGGUCUGGCCGCGGUGUACAAGACAACGGUGUGUCGACUCAUGACACAGUACUGUCGGGAGGUCGGCGAGCGGCUUGGUGCGCAGGGCACAUUUGUGCAUAACAUCAUCGGACGAAUCGAGGUACCGUCCGGAUUCAGCAUAGCGGAGGGAGAUAUCAUGACGAUCGGCAUCCGUCUGUUCUCUCACCUUCUCCAGAAGCGGUACCAUCUGCCUGCGCCCUCCCACGACGACAGUAUACUGUCACUGCAUAGCAAGUGCGUAUAUGACCAUUGCCUAACGAUGCUCCAAGGCUUCCCCGAAGGCCACCGCGACGCGCGCUUUAACAGCUUGAUACUACCACAGUGCCAUCGCGGCGUAUUUGCCCUCGGAUGCGCAUAUGCCUAUGGAUGCGCAGUCGAUGCUGGUGUACCACAACCGCUGCUCGAGCUCUUCCAGUGUGCGGCGAUCAAGCAGGACCCUCUCUGGUAUAUGCAGCAUGCAGCGUUCUCUGAGGACAUGCUCCUGCUGAAGGAGGAUAGCGCCGUGCGCGCCGCGUUGCCAAAGAUUCAGGAGUACGUCGAUCAGUUCGAUAUCAGUGGCGCAGCGGUCAACGUGCCAAUAUUGGGCCGCGAUGGACUAGAAAGCUGGAUGGCUGGUCUCGAGACCUAUACGACCAGUGGCGUGCAAGGGAUUGAAUUUGGAGGGGCGACGGCACCGAGACGCGCGUCGUAUGACUCGAAAUAUAAGCUAUGACGGCGUUGUCCGAGCGACUGUGGACCAAGCCUGUGCUGCAUGGGAUUGCAUGUAAUUCUCGUC